AUGUACCCAUCCCAGACGAUUUGCCGUCGCAAGAGCUGCACCAGACUGGACGCCGAGUGGAGCUGCGGGCUGCCGCACGCCAUGGAGGUGAGCAGCGUCACAAUCGAGGACCUGGACGAGUACAUCGACGCCGCCGACAAGCAGCAGGGCGUCGUGACGGCGGACGCGUGGGCGACGGACAUCACCGCGUCCGACUCGGACUGCGGCAGCGUCGUCCAGAGCCCGUCCGAGUUCGACGAUGCGCCGUUCGCCGUGCACGCGCGCGAGAUCCGCAAGAUGUGGGCCGAGCCGGACGCCAGCGACGUCCAAGUACGCGGCAAAACGUACAUGGACGAUCAGGUGAAGGUGCCCGCUGGAAAGGCUAUUGGCAAGCUGCUGCACGUGGAUCUGUGGAAGUUCGACACGCCCGAGGAGCGCCACCAUGUCGCCAUGAAGGAGGAGGCGCGGCCGAACAGUGUAUUGGUCUACUGCCGCGAAAAGUUCCCCGACUCGCUCGUGUUCAUGGUGAACAUUGAGCUUCCGAACGCCGACAACUUGAGUCUGGUGUUCUACUGGCUGCUGCCGCCGGCACCGGAGAACCCCGAGGAGGAUGAAAGUGCUGCAGCCUUCCACCGUCUGCUGGACAAGUUCUGCGAUGAAGGAGACGACGAGUACCGCAACAACCGCUUCAAGCUCAUCCCGAACUUGGUGGACGGUCCGUGGAUCCUUCAGACGCUCGUGCCCAACCGCCCCGCGCUUACGGGCACGAAGCUGACGCAGCACUACUUCCGACGCAGCAACUACUUCGAGCUGGACUUGGAUGUGGCCUCCAGCACCACGGCACAGUACAUCGGAGCAAUGUGUCAGAGCUGGGCGACCUACCUGCAGAUGCACCUCUUCAUCACCCUUCAAGGCGAGACCGAGGACGAGCUACAGGAGCGGAUCCUUGGAGGCGUCGACGUCUCGUAUUUAAAUCUCGAGCUCGCGACGGAAUUCAGUUAGGACAGCGUGCGCAUUUAGGAUAUGCGUGCUGCUGAGGAGUUAGAGGCAAUGAGUAGCUGUACACAACGUUGACCGGCAUGUUU